AUGCUUUUGGUUGAUACACAACUCAAGAAAAUUGAACUUGACGAGGAUUUGAAAAAACGUAUCGCUUUGUCAAGACCACAUAAAGCUCUUUCAUCAAAACGUAUCUAUUUGGAUCUUUUGCGAAAAGAUGAUGUUGUAAGUUUAAUUUAUUCAUUUCAUAGUUGAUUAAUUAAUCAAUUAAUAGUUUCCUUAUUUCCUCAUACAUAACUCAUUUUAUUUCAAUGCUAAAAUUAGAAGUACAGUAAUUUCUCUCUAGCGUCACAAAAUUAACGAGCCGAAGAGAGUGUGACAAUAUAAUGAAAGGCCUAUAAUUUUUGUUUUGGAGAAAAAAUAAGAAAAUCCAUUUUUCAUAAAAAAGAGGGAUUGCUCAAAAAAAAUAUCCUACAAAAAAUUUUCCGAGAAUGAAGAAAGAAAUUCGAUAAAAUAUGGCAUGUAUGUCAUCCCGGAAAACAAGAAAAAAUAAUAACGAGUUAUGUAGAGAGCGAUAAUUUGGGUUUUCUUGACAAGGAAAAAUGAAAAAUUACGUGCUCUUUUUGUUUUGAUAAGUACAUGUACAAAAAAAUUAUAGCUAUCGCAUGGUGCUGUCACAAAUGAUUAUCUCAUUCGUUGGCAUUUGGAACAAGUUAGUGGAUCAUUGACGAAAAAGAAGGAUAUUCAUUUGGAUUCGGAUCGUCGAUUGGCAUUAUAUGCUUAUACACAUGACACUUUCAGUUUGUUGCUUGUACCAAUGAUCAAAGAGAAGUAUGAAACUAUAAUAAUCUAGUCCAAACCAAUUGUUUUUUUUACAGAAAAGAAGCUCUUGGAUCUAUGGGAAAUGAUGCUGCUCUUGCUUGCCUUUCGGAUUACAGUCCAUUGCUUUUCAGUUACUUCCAACAACUUUUUGCACAGGUAAAUUUAUCAUUAGUGUGCUCCUCUGGGAAGUUGUGAGUAAUGUGAUUAUUGGUUUGCUCACGUGAUUUCUGGGAAACGAUAAUAUUUCUAAAUUGGAUUAGCGUCGAGUGAUUCAUUAAAAUCAGCAAAAGCAUUUUGAAAAUGCUGAAAAACAAGAGCCCCCAAUGAAUUAGAUGAAGAGAAGAAGCUAGAUAGAAUUGAGAUAGUUUAUACAAAAAGUUUGGUGUUUGAACAACAAAGUACUCUUUAACAUGAAUUUUUUGGGAUAAAAAUUGAUGUUUCUCGCAGAACGUUUUUCAUAAGUUGAAAAUAUUAGACACAAUUCUCUAAAAAUAUGAAAAACACGUCAGAAACUUUCAAAGUAAUUCAAACUUGAUUAAUGUUUCAUGAUUCAUUAAAAUCAGCAAAAAAAUUUUGGAAGUGAUGUAAAAUAGCCCCCGCAUCCUAAAAAUUGCCAAUAUUUUGAAUUGGGGAACAAAACAUUUUUGAAUUUUGUUCGGAAUAUCAAAAAAUGUUGAAAAAAAAAACCCCAGAGAUCAGAACUUUGAUAGUUCAAGAAUCCUAUUUUCGAAAAAAAAAACCUAAGAUAUUUCCGGAGUGUAAAAAGUCCUAACAAAAAACAACACAAACAAUCUGUCUUUAGGUCACCAAUCCGCCAAUUGAUCCAUUCCGCGAGCAAAUUGUGAUGUCAUUAAGAUGCCCUGUUGGACCAGAAUCAAAUAUAUUGGAACCGGAUGCGGAACUUGCAAGUCGUCUCAUCUUGGAACAACCAAUUUUGUCGAUGGUUGAUAUUGAGGUGAGCAACACAGAAAAGUGCACAUACAUACGUCACGGAUUUGGCUAAUCAAGAUUACUAGACAUGAGUAAUAAUGAUUUUGAAAUUUGCAGGUUAUCAAACGCACAAUGUACAAGGGAUGGAAAGCAAAAGUUAUUGAUAUCACUUUCCCAGUCAAAUAUGGAGUUAAAGGUUUGUUUUUUCUGGAAAUGUGGGUUGAAAACAGCAGAAUAAGGAAACAUAAUGAUGAUGAAAAAAAAAACAAGUAGUAAGAAAAUAGUGGAGAAUGAGUUUGAUGGGGCGAAACAACAACACGAAAAAAAAAUAAUGAGGAAGUCAACAUAAUUUGACAAAGUUGUUCUAGGUCCCAGUAGAAUAUUUUUGUUGCAUAAUGAAAGUUAGCCAGCCUAAUUUUGGCAACUUGUUCUCAUAAUUUGCUAGUGUUUCCUAGAAAAACCCGUAGAUAAACAAGAAAGACGUGAGAAUGGAUUCGAUUCUAAUUAUUUUCUCACCUCACCUCCUAACAAAGAAAACACAUCUACUAGAAAAAAGAAAAAUAAGAUGAGAUCUUUGGAAAAGUACUUUCUAUUCAAUGAAAAAAUAACAGAUAACACAUAUGUAUUUUCAGGUCUUGUUCCGGGACUCGAUAAAAUGUGCUGUGAAGCUUGCACCGCUGCUCUUGAUGGCUAUCAACUUUUGGUGUUAUCCGACAGAAAUGCGAGCGGUGAAAAUGUGCCGAUUCCAUCUUUAUUGGCAGUUGGUGCAAUCCACCAAUGCCUCAUCAAACAUCGUCUUCGUAUGAAAGUUGCAAUUAUUGUUGAGACUGGUGAAGCGCGUGUUGUACACGAUUUUUGUGUGCUUCUUGGUUUUGGAGCCGAUGCCAUUUGUCCGUAUAUGGUUUAUGAGACAAUGUUCCGUCUUCGCAAUUUGGGACUUUUGGAUAAGGAUUUGAAUGAUGAUCAAGUUUAUACUGGUUAUCGACAAGGAGUUGAACGUGGUAUUUUCAAAGUUAUGGCCAAAAUGGGAAUUUCUACACUUCACUCAUACAAGGUAAAGAAUUUCUGAACUUCAACGUUCAAACAUUCACCCUUUUACAGCACGCUCAAAUUUUUGAAAUUGUUGGAUUGGCUCAAGAAGUUGUCGAUAUGUGCUUCAAAAAUACCGUAUCCCGCCUAGGUGGAGCAACCUUCGAGAUUCUCGCCGCCGAAGCGCUGAAACGCCACAAAUCUGCCUAUCCGACACUUGAAGAGGCUACUUUUGGUAAGCAAAACAAUACUAGAAAAAUAACUUCUACAUCACCGGAGGUGGAGGGUCUCACAGUUCUUCUUUUACCUAUUCUCAUACCAUUUUUCUAAUUGUCAAACAAAAAAAAAACAUAUUUUUGAGUGUCCUUUUUUAGACACACCAAAACAUGGACUUCAAUAUGGUAAGAGGCUUGUUAACAAGACUAGAGUGUAGUUUUAACCUAAUAUGUGUGUGUUGUGUGCAUGAUUUUAGGCUUUUUUGAAAUAGAGUUGUUUUGUAGAGGCAGAAAAAGGUGGUUCAAGAUAAAAAAUUAUUGAUUUUCUAGGUGAUUCAAAAACACUUGUUGCAAGUGGAACUUUCCAUUGGAGAGCUGGUGGAGAAAAACAUAUCAAUGAGCCACUUGCAAUUGCCAAACUUCAAGCUGCCACCAGAUUGAACAAUCCGAAAACAUUCCACGAAUAUUCGGAUGCAUCGAAUUUGGCUCAAAGAUGGUGCAGUCUUCGUGGACAAUUGGAGAUCAAAACCAGCAAGAAGAUUCAGAUUGCAAUUGAAGAAGUCGAGCCGGCUAGUGAAAUUGUCAAGCGAUUUGUGACUGGAGCUAUGUCAUUCGGUUCGAUUUCAUGGGAAGCUCAUACAACUUUGGCUAUUGCGAUGAAUCGCAUUGGCGCAAAAUCGAAUACUGGUGAAGGUGGUGAAAAACCAGAGAGAUAUCGCAAAGAUCAAGAUCCGAAUCAGAACCUUCGAUCGGCUAUCAAACAAGUCGCAUCAGCACGUUUCGGUGUUACCUCAUCGUAUUUGGCGAACGCUGAUGAGUUGCAAAUCAAGAUGGCACAAGGUGCAAAGCCUGGAGAAGGUGGAGAAUUGCCAGGACACAAAGUCAGCAAGGAUAUUGCUGAUACCAGAAAAUCAACACCUGGUGUCGGAUUGAUCUCACCACCACCACAUCAUGAUAUUUACAGUAUUGAGGAUCUUGCUCAGGUAAGACAGAAAUGAAAUUUUCAAAACAAAACAUCGUUAGAAAACAAUAGGAAAAAAAAGUGGUUGAAAAAACACUAAUAUUUUUUCACACGAUGUAUGAAUACGAAAUUUUUAAAGUAGAAAAAGAAUUUUUGAAAAUACAUAAUCUCUGUCUCGAGAAAAAAAUUACUGUUAGGAAUUGGAAUAAUUUUUCAGCUCAUUUACGAUUUGAAAUGCGCUAACCCAGUGGCUCGUGUUAGUGUCAAACUCGUGUCAGAAGCUGGUGUUGGAAUUAUUGCGUCAGGAGUUGCGAAAGGAAAUGCUGAUCAUAUCACUGUUUCUGGACACGAUGGUGGUACUGGAGCAUCAAGGUAUGUGAAAAAAACAAGAAUUGUACAAAAAUAAACAUUUUCAGCUGGACUGGAAUCAAACACGCUGGUCUUCCAUGGGAACUUGGAGUUGCUGAAACUCAUCAAGUGCUUACAAUGAACAAUCUUCGUUCAAGAAUCGUACUUCAAGCCGAUGGACAAAUUCGAACUGGUCGUGAUGUGAUGAUUGCCGCACUUCUUGGAGCCGAUGAAUUUGGAAUGUCGACUGCACCAUUGAUUGUUUUGGGUUGCACAAUGAUGAGAAAGUGUCAUUUGAACACUUGUCCAGUUGGAGUCGCCACACAAGAUCCGGUUCUUCGCGCCAAAUUCGAGGGAAAAGCUGAGCAUGUUGUCAAUUAUAUGUUUAUGGUUGCUGAAGAAGUUCGAUAUUUCUUGGCAAAACUUGGACUUCGUAAACUUGAAGAAGCAAUUGGACGAACUGAUUUGUUGUAUGCAUCUCCAAAUCCAGUUAACAAGAAGGCAACACUUCUCGAAUUCGGAUCAAUUUUGAAAAAUGCUCAACACAUGUAUCCAAAUGUUUCGAUCAAGGGUGGAUCUGUUAAACAACGAAUUGAGCUGGGAGCUUUGGAAACUGGUCUUUUGCCACAACUUGAUCCAAUUUUUGAAGGUGAAGGUGAACACAAGAUUUUCAACAAUCAAGCAAUCACCAAUUUGGAUCGAGCAUUCGGAACUCGAAUUUCAUAUGAAAUCUCGAAAAGAUAUGGUGAAACCGGUCUCGAAGGAAAACGAGGGCUUACCAUCAAUUUGAUCGGACACGCUGGUCAAUCAUUUUGCGCAUUCCUUGCCAAAGGUGUUCAUGUUUCACUUGAAGGAGAUGCUAACGAUUAUGUUGGAAAAUGUUUGUCCGGAGGUACAAUUCAUGUCUUCCCACCAAAGAAUGCUGGAUACAAGUCGGAAGAGAAUUCGAUUAUCGGAAAUGUUGCGUUGUAUGGUGCAACGUCUGGUGAUUGUAUGUUCCGUGGUGUGGCUGGUGAACGUUUUGCUGUCAGAAAUUCGGGAGCAAAUGCGAUUGUUGAAGCGGUUGGUGAUCAUGGUUGUGAAUAUAUGACUGGUGGAAGAGUUAUUGUUCUUGGAACCAUUGGUAGAAAUUUCGCAGCUGCCAUGAGUGGUGGAAUUGCCUACUUGUUCAAUCAGUAAGUUCCAUUUAUUCUCUAUUUUAUUUUUUUCAAAAAAAAUCUAUAAUUUCAGAGGAAACAACUUCACCAGCUUGGUAAAUGCGGCUACCGUUGAUCUUGAUUCGCCUGACGCUGAAGACAUUGAUUACAUCUACCAACAAAUCAGCUCAUUCGCAAAAAUCACUGGUUCCGAACUCGCCCAACGAAUCAUUGAUAACUGGUCAAAGGAAAAAUCCAACAUUAUCAAAGUCUUCCCAAGAGAUUAUAAACGUGUACUUCUCGAGAAGAAAGAGGAGGAGAAACGUCAAGCUGAAAUUGAGAAAUCGAAUCAAGAAUCGGCUUUGUUGUCUGUUGAAUCACACCCAAGAACUCGUACAUUAUCCAUGGAUAUGCAAAUUGCUCCAACUCUCAGACCUGCCAAGAAACGUGAUUCGCAAAGAAAGAAGAGUAUUGUGAGUGUUUUUUUUUAAUUUUGUAUGGGAAAAUUGUAAUUUCAUUACUGAAUUGUUGUUUCACAGGAAGAUGUUAAUCAUUUACACGUCCCCAAGGUAUUGUUUAGAGUAGAUUGUGAUUGUGAUAGAAAUUGAGAAAAAAAAACCGCCCGGCAUGUAAAGAGAACUAGAGUUCAGUAAAAAAAUUCAAAAAAAAAUUAAUAAUUCAUUUCCAGCUCAUUGACAAUCGUCGUCGAAAACUGUCCAAGAGUUUGAGACCACAGGAUUUGGCUGGAUUCGAAAAUGAGGAGGAUUUGCAAGAAAGUGCUGAUUUCGAAGAGGAGGAAAAUGAAACGAAGUCUGAUAUUGAAGAUCAUUCAGAUGAGGAGGAAUUCCAACCAACGAAGAAAAUGUCGACUGAUAUUGAAUCGUUGGGUGUUCCAGCACAUCUUCAAAAGAAGGAACCACUCGAUAAAUUGAGGUGAGUUGGAGAUACGUCUCAAUGGAAAUAUGAAGAUCUGGACCCAAAAAAAUAUAUUGAUCAUCAAAAAAAAAUUUCCAGAGGAUUCGUCAAAUACAACCGUCAAAAGAAGAUUUACCGCAAUGCCAAAGAACGUUUGGGUGAUUGGGACGAGGUGUACGAUUUUGAAGCGAUUCGCAGCAACAUUCGCGAACAAGCAGCUCGUUGUAUGGAUUGUGGUGUUCCAUUCUGUCAAGGACAUUCCGGUUGUCCACUUGGUAAUAUUAUUCCAAAAUGGAAUGAUUAUGUGUUCAAGAAGAAUUGGCGACAAGCUCUCGAGCAACUUUUGCAAACGAACAACUUCCCAGAAUUCACCGGAAGAGUUUGUCCAGCGCCUUGUGAGGUUAGUUGUUGAUCUUGAGAAUCAGAGUUCAAAAAAAAUAUAUUAUAAUGUUCUAGGGUGCUUGUUGUCUUGGUAUUGGAUCUCCAGCAGUGACCAUCAAAUCGAUUGAAUGCGCCAUCAUUGAUUAUGCGUUUAUGCAAGGAUGGAUGAAGCCACACAAGCCAAACUUCAACACUGGAAAGAGAAUCGCAAUUAUUGGAUCUGGACCAUCUGGUUUGGCAGCUGCCGCGCAACUCAUCAAAGUUGGACACAAUGUUUGUGUCUACGAACGUAAGAAUCGUUGCGGUGGUCUUCUUCGCUACGGUAUUCCAACAAUGAAACUCGACAAAUUUGUCGUUGAUCGCCGAUUGACAUUGUUGGAGCAAGAAGGAGUUCGAUUCCUCACCAACACUGAAAUUGGGAAACACGUGCCAGCCGACUUUUUGCUCAAAGAAAAUGACGCGAUUAUCGUGUGCACUGGUUCGACAACAGCUCGUGAUUUGACUGUCGAUGGACGUGAUGCCAAAGGAAUUUGCUUUGCUAUGGAAUUCUUGGAGAAGAGUCAAAGAAGACGCGCUGGUGAUGAGAUUGCUUGGGAAGGUUUGGAUCCUGCUGGAAAGAAGGUUAUCAUUCUUGGUGGUGGUGAUACUGCAACUGAUUGUAUUGCAACAAGUAACAGAUUGGUGAGUUUUUGAUAGCACUACAAAAUUUCAAUCUAGAACCAUACAAUUUUCAGGGUUGCCAAACUGUUGGAGCAUUUGAGAUCCUCCCACAACCCACCGAAGGUCGCAAACCAGAAAAUCCAUGGCCAGAAUGGCCACUCAUCUUCAGAACCGAUUAUGGACAUGAAGAAGCCAAGGAAUUGACUGGAUCUGAUCCACGAACAUAUUCAGUGUCAACCAAGCGAUUCUUGACAACAACAAAUUCAUCGGGAACCAAGAUCUUGACCGGAUUGGAAAUUGUGAAUGUUGAAUGGGAGAAGGAUGAGAAGGGCGCUUGGAAAUUGAUUGAAAAAGCUGAUACACUUCGUGUGAUUGAAGCUGAUUUGUGUAUCCUUGCGAUGGGUUUCGUUGGACCAGAAAAGACUGUUAUCGAACAACUCAAUUUGAAGACUGAUCCAAGAUCCAACAUUCUUACACCAAAGGAUAAAUAUGAUUCGGCUGUUGCCAAAGUGUUUGCAGCUGGAGAUUGUCGUCGUGGACAAUCGUUGGUUGUUUGGGCUAUUCAUGAAGGACGUCAAGCUGCUCGACAAGUUGAUGAAUAUCUUAUGGGCAAAACCACAUUGGCUGGUCCGGGAGGAAUUGUCACCUCAAAUAUUCAACAUAAAAGUGCUAUUUAA